CUACCCUUAAUGUGAGUAUUGCCCUAGAAUUUGAGAUGUGACUGCUUCCAUGAUCCAAUCCAACGGCCGACAUAUCUCAUAAGAGGGCCUUCAUAUUUAACCUAAUGCGCUGGGAUCUUCCUCCUCUGUGACGGCAGCGCCAUCUGUUAGGGUUUCUGAUAUUGUUGACGGGCAAGGUUUCUGAGACAAAAUGGUUCUCCAAAACGACAUCGAUUUACUGAAUCCUCCAGCUGAGCUCGAGAAGAGGAAGCACAAGCUCAAGCGUCUCGUGCAAUCUCCCAACUCAUUUUUCAUGGAUGUUAAGUGUCAAGGUUGCUUCAACAUAACAACUGUGUUCAGUCACUCGCAAACUGUAGUAGUGUGUGGCAACUGCCAGACCGUGUUAUGCCAGCCUACAGGCGGGCGUGCAAGGCUUACAGAGGGCUGCUCUUUCAGGAGAAAGGGCGAUUGAAGGAGCUACUUUAAAUUGUUAGUAGAGUUCUUUCCAAGGUUUAAUUGUUUCCACAUGGGAGCUCUCCUGUUGAUUUUGUUUUGAGAUUCAUCUUUGGCUUAUCAUUUUGAAUUUUGUUAGUAAAAAUGACAGACCGGCCUUAAUUGCUGUUUCCGGUUUGUUAUGUGAUUCUUGAAUUGCUCUGAUGAUAUGUUGGUUUAGAAAUCAGUUUAUACUAUUAUAUCUCUAGCCUCUGGGCUAAUUAGUUUCAA